AUGACGCUGGCUGGGUUUGUUGGACUCGCAAAAGCUAUAGACAUAUGCCAUGAUAUUUGGGACGCCUUCGCCAACGAGCGCAUUAAUGCCCCGGCCCGUAUCCGUGCGCUCGUCACCACUAUCGGGCACCUUCAUGGCAUUCUCAAGUUUCUAGACGAGAACUAUCAAGACCAAUACCCCCUCAAAAACCAGUUCCUAGAGACUCUCGGGGAGUGUGAAGAGUUCAUUGACAACUACCGCACCCUCAAAAUUGCCCAGCCCAGCCCAAGAGACAAUCCAUUGGUGGAUACUCUCCGGCAUCCUUGGGAUACCACAUUGUAUGGCCUUGAUGGCGCUGAAAGGCACGCCGAGGAACUGAGUCAAAAGUUGGUAUCUCAACAACAAAAUCUGACCAUUUUCUUGUUGGCACAAUUCCUGAAAUUUACGGAAUCCAAUCAUGAGGGUGCUCCCCUAACCACAAGCACCCCAUCCGAAACAUCUUCAGAGCAUAGCAGCAUGGGAGCAUCAUUUGGUAUUUUGGAGAAUCAAACGCCUUUUGAGAUAUUCAGUCAGGGUAAUCUCCCCCACGAACAAAAGCUCGCAAAAUUCCACGAAUGCUUCCAGCUGCUCCGGAAUCGAUAUGAACGUGUCACUAGCAAUGCGGCACAACAUGGCAGAGCCCCUAAUCUCACUCGACUCCAUGAAGAAUACCGGGCACUGUGGUUGUUCCUUUGUAGUCAUGUCGGAUUACCGAAGAACAAACAACCUGCUAUGCCUCCAAUGGACAAACUAUUUGCCAACCCAUCCGGCAUCAGCAGCGAUGUUCGUAUCAACAGUGAUAGAGCUAUUCCGGUAGCACGUACUUGGUCCUCGCCGAUCCCAACGGAAGAAAGUAUCAGCAAAAGCCCGUCAACGUUCCAGUUCCGUUCGAGUAGCACGGUACGGACCACGCCACAAUCCACUGGUAUACCGCACCCAGGGCCGGCACCAUCAAUCAGCUCAGCUGAGUCGAUCAUUUUGCCCGGCCCUGCCAUGUUUCCUGAGGAGCACGUCGCGUCAACGUUCGUCCUCCCCUCAGAACCAUAA